UAAUUGACGAGAUGUUGGAUCAAAAAGCUAAAGCGCUUUUAGAUGAAGUUAAGGCAUAUCACAAAAAUGAAGAAGCAAAACUAGACAAAGAGACUACAGGAGUCAAGCAGUAUGCGGAGAACGUGCAAAGAUCCGUUCAUCUUUCUAAGAAAUUGGUUGAGGAAGGAACUGAAGAAGAAAUACUUUCUUCUCAGAAAAUGAUGUUGGAUAGCGCGAAUAAUCUUCUUACGAAAAGAAACGAGUAUCUCGAAGCACCAGUGACACGUGUGGAGAAUUUCUACUACACCCACUGCACAAGAGAGGAGGAACCUUUGAGCGAAGAAAUUGCGAAAGAGCUGGCAAAAAGUUUAGGAGAAGUUAUAAAAAAUCCAGGUGAAGAUGAAAGUGAGUCAAAAGUAGAAAACCAUGUGAAAAAACUUUGUCAUCUGUUAUCAAAUGAUGUGAUGGUUUCUGUGUAUCAGGGAGAUAUCACAAAAGAAACAGUCGAUGCUAUCGUUAAUCCUACGAACGAAACGCUAAACCAAGAAUGCGGUGGGGUGCCGGAAGCCAUUGUGAGGGAAGGUGGACCAUCGAUUCAGGAUGAAUGCAACGACAUCAUGAAGAAACGGCGAAACAAAAUUCUUAAUAUUGGAGACGUCGUAGUUACAACUGCUGGAAAUCUUCCUUGCAAGUUCAUCGUUCAUGUGAUAGUCCCAAGAUGGCAUCAGUACACGACUGGGCAGAAAGAAACGGCAAAGAAAGGCUUAUUUAAAGCAGUUAUGAGCAGUUUAACACUUGCACGUCAAAAAGGUGUUACAAGCAUAACCAUGCCUUCACUGACUUCAGGUAUAAGAUUCAACUUUCCCGUCCAAAUCUGUGCAGAAAUCAUGUUUUCGGCAGCGACAGAGUUUGCAGAGAAAGCCAAAGGAUCAAAUUGUUUAAAAGAUAUCCGGUUCGUCGAUAUCCUUUCACAAACGUCGCACGUUUUUGUACAAGAAAUGAAGAGACGAUUUGGUGAAAUUUCAUCACAGCGAGAAAGUGUCGAAGAAUCGUAAUAUGAAAAAACAAACAAACAACUCAUUUCCAAAUG